GGCUCCUUCUUGCGCCCGGUAACCCUGUGCUUAAGGAUAACUUGAAAGGAAACUCCAUCAGAUCGAGAGGACAGACCCGCUUGUACCAGAGAAACAUUGCUUUUUGUGCGGGGUGAUUCAACAAGGAUAAAGUUGCAAGAACUUUUACGCAAGAAAGGGACACUGCUUCAGCCUAACUUUGACUCUAGAUAGUCAGGUUUGAAGGAUGUAAAUACGCUUUUUUUCAACACAGCCUGGUGACAUCUGGAGAGUCGUCUGAUCCUUUUGAAAGAUAUUUUUAAAAGAAAGUUAAACCGUAAAAGCCAGUCCGCUGGAUCGUUUCACUUUGUGCGCAUGCAUUUGCGGAUUACUGCCACCAGAUGAACUUGUCAGAACUAAAUAACUCAUAAACUGAUUUGAGUUUUAAAAGUGAAAACUCAAGUAGCCUAUGUUGUGUUUUAAUAUUUUGUGAACAGACAGUGCCAGCACGCGAUAGAUAAGAGCGCCGAUAUAAGUGUAGAUCAGCACUCUGAGAGACUCGGUACGUUUUUGCUGAAGUGGGUAAAAAACGAAGAGACUGUGAUGUUCCUCUAGAUGACACAUUCUGUGCUGAUGAUCUAGCAAACAUUCAUCACACUUUAUUCUUCCUGUUUGCGAGACUUUCUCUUCAUUCACACCUUGAGCGUUCGCGCCUCCAUCCCCUGCGCUCACACAGCGGACUCCUGCUGCGUCCGAAGGAAGAGAAAGAAAAGAAAAACCUCUUUUUCUCCCUAAAGUUCUGCUCCUCCGAUACGACCAAGAGGCACUGACCCAAGCUGUUGUGAUGCAUAUUCCCAUAGAGCCGCCCACCACCAGACGGUUCACGCCGCCCUCAACGUCCUUCCCCUGCAGUAAGCUUGGAGACGGCAACGGGGCUAUGGCCACCCCGGGGCCCCUCAGGUCAAGACCGGACACAAGGAACGUGGUGGACGUCCUGGCGGACCACGCCGGUGAAUUAGUCCGAACCGACAGUCCCAACUUCCUGUGCUCCGUCCUCCCAUCUCACUGGAGAUGCAACAAGACGCUGCCUGUGGCUUUUAAGGUCGUGGCUCUCGGUGAUGUUCCUGACGGGACUCUGGUCACAGUGAUGGCCGGGAACGACGAGAACUACUCGGCCGAGCUGAGGAACGCCUCCGCCGUGAUGAAAAACCAGGUGGCCCGCUUCAACGACCUGCGCUUCGUGGGCAGGAGCGGUCGAGGAAAGAGCUUCACCCUGACCAUCACUGUGUUCACCGGACCGCCUCAAGUGGCCACCUACCAUCGGGCCAUUAAAGUCACCGUGGACGGCCCCCGGGAACCGCGCAGGCACAGAGUGAAGAUAGAAGACCCCCAGAAGAUGCAGUUCUCGGACAGGCUGUCUGAGAUUGAGCGCUACCAGCGGAGUAUGCGAAUAGGUCCUGUUAACAACCCACCCCGUCCCAUUCACCAAUCCCACCUCAGCACAUCACAAGCCCUGUGGCAAGAUCAAAUGGAACCCCCAGCUCUGAAGACAUGCAAAGUGGAAGAGGACCUUCGACCAUGGCCAGGGACAACAGAUCUCUUCCAACAGCGGACCACCUUCCCAUCUCUCUCACCACUGACUGACCCCCGCUUCUCAGACCCACGCAUGCAUUAUCCUGGGGCCUUUCCCUACUCCACCAACACCUCCAGCACUGGCAUCAGUGGCCUCAGUAUGUCAGCCUCCUCUAGAUACCACACCUACCUGCCACCCCCUUACUCAAACAACCAAAGCCAGAACUUCCAGUCCAACUCCUACCUGUAUUACGGCACAGGCUCAGGGUCCUACCAAUUCUCCAUGGUGGCACCGGGAAACACCGGGGGUGAACGCUCCCCCACCCGCCUGCUGUCCUGCUGGGCAGGUGGCACCGGAGGGACCAACAGUCUGAUGAACCAAGGCUUGAACGCCCAGAGUGAGGGGGUGGAGGCCGACGGCAGCCACAGCAAUUCCCCUACUGCCAUGAGUGCUUCAGGUCGUCUGGAUGAGUCUGUUUGGAGGCCUUACUGACUGACACACAGCUAGACAGUCAGAGGGAAAGGGAGAAACAUAAUGAUUACAAUGAGCGAAAAAGAUGAACACUGAAAGAAAAAAAAAGAGAAAUGCUGCAUGUUUGUCUUUUAUUUCUCCAGCACUCGCUUUGAAGACUUUUUUGCCUUUUACCAACUCUCUCAAGAAUUCUGCAUAUUUUGUAAAUACUUGGUAAGCUCCUGCACUGUUCUACAUGUACUCUAAAAUGACUAUAAAAGCCAUAGAAGUUGAGAAGAUGUUCCGCUGAAGCUGCGAAUAGACGUGAAGCCUCAUUCAGACUCCCUUGUCUGGUGUACACAGAGAGACAAAAGACAAUGGAUGUAUGACGCACCAGAAAGGCCACUGAAAAACCCCCCACAGACUUUCAUCACACAGACUCGCAGAUUGAUCCAACUCACUUGGAGGGUUGAGAGGAGCAGUUGGACUGGAUGUUUGCUCACUGAGUGACCAAGUAGCACCGACAUCCUUCAAAAUCAUGGCUUCACUGCUGUGGCAAUUACAUCUUUUAAGCUUUAAUUUCGGUAAAACAUUAAAUAUAGAAAAAAAUAACGUUAGAGGAGAAAACAUCUGCAGUUGCAUCCAGGGGAGUUUCUUGUACUUCCAGUACAUGUGAAGCACCUAUUACCAAAUGUAUCAUCUAAAUAGAUUCAGCCUUUGGUGCUAUGGUAAGCAGUGGAUGCUUCAAUACAAGUGCUGCAUGUUAAAAAGAAAAGCAUUUUAUCUGCCGGGACUGACAAGUUUAAGAAAUUAAUUCUCCACUGCAGUGUCAUCAGUGUAUUGAGUUUCAACAGGACAAUGGUUGAUGUUUUAAGGAAUGUAAAAGCUGAACGCAGAGGGUUGAUUAUUGGUUUCUUUGUCUACAGGAAUAUUUCAAUCCUGCUGUGUUAACUUUUUACUUUUUCCUUAAUUUUCUUAUUUAAGCCCUUUCCUGAAAAAGUACUGGUAUGGUGUUUUGAAACUGGAUGACACAGUUUACUUUUGAUAUUUAUUUGAGCCAAAUUUUGAGGAAAUGUGAGCAUAUACCAAAAAUCUUUUAGCAUUUCUCUCUACCCUUCCUUUUUAUAUACAUGAACAGUAUAUUUACCAUAUUUUGUUGUUAAGUAUAAAUUUGGAUUCUGUGUAAUAUAUUGCCUCUAAAUUAUGAAAAAAUCUUUUAAUGUAAUUAUUUUGUCUUCCAAUGUAGCUUUGAUGCACUAAAUCUUUAUUUCUUAUUAACCAUGCCCAACAGAUUUUGUAAAAUAGAUGGUGUUUCUAGAGCAGUUGUCUUUUAAACUAUUUCCAAAUUGCCUUCCAUUGCUAAACAAGCCAUUUGCUUAAUUUUUGCACUAUGAAUGAACAUUUUCUUAUUCUUAUUGAGCAAUUAUCUGAAACCUUUCUGUAGAAAAUAUUUGAUAUUCCUUCAAAUAUACAUCCUGAACAAACAGAAAUUGUUCUUUCAUCAAAUUCUCCUACAAGAAUUUCACACACACACCAAUUUCAAAUCUUGGGACACACACAUUCCUGCAUCAUGUGUGUUUAAAUUCCCCCUUUCUGGAGGGCCUACCUCUGCACUUACACGUGACACCCCUAUCCCUGGAGGAGGAAAAGCAUAAGGAUGAAGGGAUGGAAGGAAGAGGUGGGGUCAGUGGUGUCUACUUACCAACACCAAGGGGCAAUUAUGCAAGGGAAAAAACAAUCCCUGGUUGUGCACAGGUUCUUUUGUUGUGGAUAAUCUGUGAGUGCUUUGAAGCCUUCACGGUUGAGUCGCCUCUGCUUUAAUGUACUGAUUAUCAGUGCCAGGGGCCAUGGCUCUGCCAAAAGCUCAUACACCUAUACUGAUCACUUAGGUAUGAGUAGUAUAAAGGAAGUUACAGCAGGUAUCAAGGUGCUUCCAUAAGAAGAAAUCCAGGGUUUUAAAGACUUACCAAAGUAAACAGUGAUCCAAAAAGGCUUGCAUUUGCAGCUCAGGUACAAAUAAUUAAUGCAAGAUGGUUUGUAGAUCUCACCCUCUGCCUUACCUCUUAUUCAGUAACAUUGCAUUCUUCUGUCCCUUUUGUUUUAAAGGAAUAGCAUGUUUUCCUGCUCUCUCCACUGGAGCCUUUGUAAGGUAGAGGACCUGACCUCACUAUGGGCAAAAAUCAUGCAGCUAGAGUGACCACACAUAUACUUAUAUUUGUGUGGUUUCUUCAAAAGAAAACCAAAGAUCUUCACAACUGCCUGUAAUACAGUCAUGAUGGGAACGAUAUGUGGCACAUUAAUCCUGUCUCGACUGAUCUCUAAAAACAUUCUUUAUGCAAAACUAGAAAGCCGAAGUGUACAAGUAAGUUUCGUUUUAUUGUCUAGUGAAUUAAAGAGCACAAUAUUACUUUUCCCUUAACAAGAUGCGUUGUUCUCUUGACAAAUACCAAAAUGUUAAUCCAUUUUGUUCCUUUCAUUUUUCUUAUGCUCAAAGCAUGUACACCUGAUAUUGAUAUGUUAAUUUAAGGAUCUCAUCUAUGUAUGUAAUGUUGUUAAUGCUUCCAUAUUGAGUGCUUGUAAAGUUUGCGA